UGGUUGGAGAGUUUUGGACCUCAAAAAUUUUCUGGUGAUUGGUUGUCACAACCCUCCAAAAUCACCCAAAUUUUCGCUCAAUCACACUUUUCCUUGCCCCCAAGCAAGAUUCAUUUCUUCAAACUUCCACACUGAAUCUACAAGCCCUUUUCACCCAACUUCACAAAGACUUUUUGACCACAAUUGUCAAUCUCCAAUUUUCUUGGAUACCCUCCUACUCUCUCUCGAUUCUCUCUUGUGGGUAUCUCUUAUUUUCUUGAAUUUCGCAGAUUCAAACUAAAUCUGGUUAUAUUGUUGAAUUGCCCUUCUUUUGGGGGUUGGUUUUUGUGUGUGUGAGGAUGGUGGGAGCUUUACAUGUGGUGGGUUCGUCCGUGGUGGAUUCUCAUACCAGUCCGUGUUUGUGUUUGGAUGCUUUGCCCACAUGUAAUAUCGUGAACCAGAAGAGCUGUGGGGACUUGGUUUUACAGAGGAGUCCAUUUGGUAAGAAGCAUUUGCCAAAACCAGUGUCUUUGGAGUUGAGCAGCUCUUUCGUGGAUUCGCGGCAACAAUGGCGGCUCGCAGUGAAAGCCCUCUCCGGUAACAAGAAUUCCAGGAAGCAGCGCAGGGCGCGGAGCGUUGUGAUUGUUAAUGAAUUGGCGGGGCAGUAUGAAGAUAGCUUUGAGGAUGUUAAAACACAAAUUCUCAAUUAUUUCACGUACAAAGCCGUGAGGACUGUUCUAAACCAGCUCUAUGAGAUGAACCCACCGCAAUAUAGGUGGUUUUAUGAUUUUGUUGUAAAUAACAAGCCUGGAGAUGGGAAGCGUUUUAUUCGCAUUCUUGUAAAGGAGAAGCAAGAACUUGCUGAAAGGGUGAUGGUAACUCGUCUUCACCUAUAUGGAAAAUGGGUUAAGAAAUGUGAUCAUGCCGAAAUAUAUAAAGAGAUCUCUGAUCAGAACUUGGAGUUGAUGCGCGAGCGGCUCAUUGAAACUGUGAUAUGGCCAUCCGACGACACAAACACGGAGAAGAUUGGAUGAAAGAGGAUGCAGAUCACAUGCUGGGUUGGUUUUCUCUUUCUUCUUUCCAGUCACUCUUGUUGUCUAGGUAGACAUUUGCUUAAAGAUUAGCUGGUUUAGUCUCAAAUUCUCAUUUAUAUUAUUUUCCAACAAGUAAUAAGAAUUGUCAUAUACUGUAUAAAUGAAAUUAUGUAUAUGAAAUAUCAUCCAUCAUUUUAGCUUA